GAAAGAAGCAUGGUAGUGUUGUAAUGAAAACAAACUCUUAGCAAAAACUCUAUCAAAAACAAUUCCUUUAAUAAAAUUUGUAAUUUUUUAAUAAUAACAACCUAACAUGGGUAAAACUCGAGGUCCUCAAAAGAAGAAGCUGGAAAUAGUCUUCAAUCAUGAGAAAAGAAAAGACUUCUUGACGGGAUUUCGGAAGCGUAAAAAUGAGCGUAGAAAGAAGGCCAAGGAACAACUAGAGAACACACUGAAGGAAGAACGUAAACGUAUCCGCAAAGAAAUCAAAGAUGGCUUGAGUCACUUGAAGAAAUCCUUCGAACCCCUAAAAGAAUUAACCGAGCAGGAUAAGCUCGAAGAAGAAUACGAAGAUGAUGAUGUGAAGGUCAAGAUUGUGGAACUCUCAACAAGUGAUUUAGCCGCUCAGAAUAAUUUCAUUGGUGAGAAUCGGGGAGCUGCAAGUGAAUCCGAAGAAGAAGCACCAGAAUCGGAUGAAGAAAAUCAAGAAAAUGAAUUGGCGAUUAUUCCUGGAAUGGAAUUGGUUAAUAAAAAGAAGACAAAAAGUAAAUCUUCUGAGGAGAAAUCAUCCGGACCGAAAAAUAAAAUAACCAACAAAGAGUUGAAGAGUAAGAAAGAUGUUGAUCGGCUAAAGAAGACUAAGACAUUCAAUAAGUUAAAGAAGAGCAAAGCAUUUAAGAUGAAGGAACGUUUAGACAAAAAAGCCAAUCAAAAGAAGCUGCGCAGGGAUCAGAAUAACACUCUAAAGAGUUUACCCAAGAGUGGUAUAAGAAAGUUAAAGAAAAGCCGUCCCACAAAAUUCAACAAAGGACGAAUGAUGAGCAGGAGACAAAGGAAAGAACGGAAUAAUUAGAUCAUUUUUAAAUUUUAUAAAAUAAAAACAUUUUUUAAUUACAAACA